GUAUUUUAUUCUUUUCUCUGCGUCGUAAUAGAAUUUGUGUCCCGUCUUACACUAUCAUGGACACACCAAUGUAGAGCACGAAUGGCCGUGUUCGCUUACUUGGUUCUUAGUAUUAGCGACGACUUGUUUGCGUACAGCAGUGCCCUACUGGAUUGUCGCGGCGGUUCGUGGACGGAAUGCAGAUCCCAGCUGACCUCGACUCGUAAACAGCGCCAGUUUGAAGCUCUUUUGAAACGUUACUACCCCACCACCGGCACCAGUGGUUACUCGUACUCUUCCAAUCUGAACGUAUACGGUUGCAGUGAUCGUAGCACUACGCGGUUCGCCGCAUCAAUCGGGACGACCGAGAUGUCCACGGAGUCUAUAGAUAGUUGCGAUUUUGCUUACCAAGAAGUUUCAUCCCCUGGUACGAUCAGCCUGGACAAAAGUACGUCGACCGAAGUGGUGCACACGGUCGAAAACAUUACUGAGGUUUCGCCAGGAUUGUGUUUCGUCAUUACUGGUACCAUCCAGCUUACCUGCGAGCGGUUUUCCAUAAACUUGCUGCUUAAAAACGGUGAUGUUGCGCUACACUUCAACCCGCGCCUGCCCCAGAAUUACAUCGUGCGUAAUUGCCGCGUGAAGGGAUGCUGGGGACGGGAAGAGGUCGCAUCUCCACUCUCGUUCAAUUUACACCGUGGCCAACGUUUUGCUGUGCAGGUGCUGGUGACAGACAAAGAGUUUCUGAUAUGCGUUAAUGGAAGACACUUCAAUGCGUUCCGGCAUCGUUUGCCUUACCGUAAGAUUUGUACCCUCGAGGUCAAGGGUGAUGUUCGUGAGGUAGCCGUGGACCAGUGUUACAUGGAAUGCUAUCCACAGCUGGAGCUGGAGCUUGUCAGCCAACUGUCACUGGACGCAAUUAUGUCGUCGAAGUUGCGUGUGCCCCGUUCGCAACCGGAAGCGGAUGGAAAACCGAUGCCUUACACCGGUGUUCUACAGGCCCCAUUCACCGAUGGAUAUAAACUGCAUCUGUAUGGGCGCGUCAAACUGUUGCCCCACUCGUUCUACGUAAACUUGCAGAGCAGUGCGUAUGUUUGGCCACAUCCCAACAUUCUGUUUCAUUUGAAUCCACGCUUUGGUAGCGUCGGUGGGCGACACGUGAUAUGCCGGAACUCGUGGUUAAAUGGUAAGUGGGAUCGGGAAGAGCGGUCGGAGAACAUGACAGAUUUUGCGCCCGGCAAAGCGUUCCAUCUGCAGAUCGCCUGUACGGAUGUUAGCUAUCAGGUUUCACUGAACAACAAAAUGAUCGCAGAGUUUAUAUACCGUGACAAUCCGCGCCUGGUUGAAGCGGUUUACGUCCAGGGAGAUAUCAAGGUGUUCGAUGUUGUUGUAGAGACUGCGUACUAAGGUAAAGGGGGUGUACCUAAUGAAACCGUAAGGUUUGUGUAUGUUUUCAAAUAUUGUUGCCUACGUAUUUACUAUUGCUGUUUGUUUAAAUAUUUGCUUUAAUAGAAUAAUAAAGUUCUAUACUCAAAUUAUAAUCACUUAGAGACUCGCGUUGUCCGUGUAUGCGUUAUCAGUUCAGUCCUUCAUAUGCCGUUGAUCAAUGACGUUAUCAUGGCCGAAUUCUUAUUAUCAGGGUCACAGAGAGCAUGUUCCCAAAUUCUUUGAUUACUCUACCGGCGGUUUCCGUAUUCAUGCAAAAAAAACACUUCUUCAUAUCUAUAACAUUUUAACACAUUUCCUUUCGCAUGUGACUGUGUAUUCACGCUAGAAACGUGAUUAGAUUUAACAUUAUAUAAACUUGAAUCUAUAUAUCUAAUAAACAUAGUAUUUACCAGAUACAGAAUGUU